UCAUCAUUCAUGGGAAAACAGUCACACGUAGCUUGUCCGGGGAGGUUGAGCUUAUUUCAAUGCACGUAGCUUGUCCGCUACCCGUUUCUCAUGUUGACCACAUCUCAGUGGCGACAUUAUGGUUAUUCUUGGUGCUGACGGUCGCCAAUCACUCCGAAUGGCAGUCACUUUCUUAUUGAAGACUAGCAUCAUUUUAGUAUUUCUAAGCGAAAGGACAGAGGCCACUAGGCUGUACACCGAGGAAGACCCAGUGGUGAUUCUGACCAGUUCUACACUAAAACAGAGCGUCCACAACUCGUCCACUGCCUGGCUAGUCCAGUUUUAUUCGUCAUGGUGCGGACACUGUAUCCAAUACUCGCCCACAUGGAAAGCACUGGCUGGGGACGUGAAAGCCUGGGAGCUGGCCGUCAGGAUUGGUGUUCUGGACUGCGCUCACGAAGACAACUUUGACGUCUGCAAGGAGUUUGGCAUCCACUUCUACCCCACCUUCAGAUACUUCAAAGCACACAGCCUCACGCAGGACUUUGGAAAGACCUACAGAGGGGCUGACCGGGAGCUGCAGACGGUACGUCAUCUGAUGGUGAACGUCCUCCAGAACCACACUAAGCUGGUCCGCCCGGACCGCUGCCCUCCUCUGGACCCAGUCAGUUCGGCGGACAUCUUGCCUCUGCUGGGUCAGAAGUCAGACCGGUACACAGCCGUCAUUGUAGAGGACCAGGACUCCUAUGUUGGAAGAGAGGUGAUUCUGGACCUGAUGCCGUACCAGGGUGUGACUGUGCUAAGAGCGCUGAGCUCAGACACUAAGCUGGUGGAGAGGCUGAGUCUGGACUCUUUCCCCUCCGCCUACCUCCUCCACCCUAACGGCACACACACCCUUCUGGAUGUACGGAAGAGGCUGCGGUUCUUCUUCUCCUCGUUCCUGAGGUUGCUGCCGGGAGUCCUGAGGCAGAGCAGCACCCUCCAGGGCCAGGGCCUGGUACUGCAGGGGGCUGGAGGCCAGGACACAGACCAGAAAUGGAGAGACUUUGACAACUCCAAGGUGUACAUGGCCGACCUGGAGUCAGGCCUCCACUACCUGCUGAGGGUGGAGCUAGCUACCCACCACACCUUGGAGGGGGAGGAGCUAAGCACCUUCAAAGACUUUGUCACUGUGGUCGCCAAGCUGUUUCCCGGGCGACAGUGUGUGGUGAAGCUGCUCGAGACAUUGCUGGAGUGGCUGGUCAGUCUGCCUCUGGAGAAAAUCCCCUACGACGCCAUCCUGGACCUGGUCAACAACAAGAUGAGGAUCUCGGGGCUGUUCCUGGGGGAGCAGCUGCAGUGGGUGGGCUGCCAGGGCAGCCGGGUGGGGUUGCGAGGUUACCCCUGCUCCCUCUGGACUCUGUUCCAUGUUCUCACCGUGCAGGCAGCCUCACGGCCCGACGGCCUCGCCAACACUGGCCUGGAGGAGAACCCCAGAGCGGUGCUUCAGACCAUGAGGAGGUACAUCGUCCGGUUCUUCGGCUGCCAGGAGUGCGGCCAGCACUUUGACCACAUGGCUAAGGAGUCACUGGACCAGGUGCAGACUGGAGACCAGGCUGUGCUGUGGCUCUGGAGCAAGCACAACCUGGUGAACAACAGACUGGCAGGGUCGAUGAGUGAAGACCCCCAGUUCCCCAAGAGCCCGUGGCCCAGCCCCGCCCUGUGCCCAUCCUGCCACGAGGAGCGCAGCGGCCUGCACGUCUGGAGCGAGGAGCAGGUCCUAGCCUUCCUCAAACGCCACUACGGCCCCGACAACAUCUCCCCCCAGUACACCAUCAGCGCCCAGCGUCCCCGAGAACCCCACCCUGACCCCCACCCUGACCCCCAUCCCGACCCCGCCCAGGACGCCGACCAACCCCCCAAGCUGGUCCUGGAGAAGGGGGAGGCCCACCAGGAGAAGACCCCUGCCCCGCAGGCCUCCUUAUCGCAGGCCCGGGGUGGGGGAGGUGGAGGUGGGGCUGGGGUGGAGCGGGCGGAGGCAGGGUCCGGGGGGGGGGGGAUCCUCAGCCUGGGCUUCUCCAGCGUAGACAUGAGUCUGUGCGUGCUGCUCUACGCCUGCUCCUGUGUCUUCCUCAUGCUCAUGUUCUUCUUCUUCCGCGUGCGCUCCAAACGCUGGAAGGUGCGCUACAACCGUCCCCACGUGUAGCAGCGCCCCCUCCCACUCCCCUGUGGACAUUGAGGUGGAGAGGAGGCUGCUCAGUGUGGUGGAGCCAGAAGGGCUGCUUAGUGUGGUGGACCCAGAAGGGCUGCUUAGUGUGGUGGACCCAGAAGGGCUGCUUAGUGUGGUGGACCCAGAAGGGGGCUGCUCAGUGUGGUGGAGCCAGAAGGGCUGCUCAGUGUGGUGGACCCAGAAGGGCUGCUUAGUGUCUGGUCUGCUGGAGCCAGCUGACCUGACCUGAGCCAUCUGACCUGAGCCAGCUGACCUGAGCCAGCUGACCUGAGCCAGCUGA